GGCCCGUGGGGCGUGGAAGCCGGGCGUCCACAGGAAGCGCGGGGUGGGUGCGCCCCCACCGCUGUGGGGAGCCUCUGGGUCCGGCAUUGCAGCUUUGGGCAGAGGCAUGGCGUCGGCCACCACCAGCAAGAAGAUGUGGGAGGAGGCCACCUGCGCCAUCUGCCUGCAGCUGAUGGCCAAGCCCAUGAGCAUCAGCUGCGGCCACAGCUACUGCCAGGCCUGCCUUCUGCACUUCAUGGGCCCGGCCUCCUCCCCACGGAGCCAGCAGGACAUGAAGACCUUCUCCUGCCCCCAGUGCCGGGUUCCCUUCAAGAGAGGCAGCCUGCGGCCCAACAAGCAGCUGGGUAGCCUCAUCGCCGCCCUCCAGGAGCAGGAGCUGGAGCUGUCCUGCCAGGAGCACGGGGAGCGGCUGCAUCUCUUCUGCGAGGACGAGGGCCAGCUCAUCUGCUGGCGCUGUGAGCGAGACCCGCGGCACAAGGGCCACGCCACUGCACUCGUGGAGGACGCGGGCCCUGGCUACAGGGAAAAGCUCCAGGAAGCGGUGAGGAAACUGAGGCAAAUGGAAGAGGAAUGCGCCAGCCAGAAAGCGUUCAAGGCGAAGCAGAUAGACGAGUGGAAUGAGAAGAUAGAGGCUCAGAGACAGAAAAUCCAGGCGGACUUCCAGAACCUGCACAGCUUCCUGAGGGAGGAGGAGAGGGCAUACCUGUGGAGACUGGAGAGCGAGAAAGAACUCACUCUGCGGAGACUGAGGGACAGUGAGGCCAAACUGGGGCAGCAGAGCCAGGAGCUGGAGAGCCGCAUCCUGGAGCUGGAGGAGCGAUGCCAGGGCUCCGCCCAGAAGGUGCUGCAGGACGUGAAGGGCGCCCUGAGCAGGAGCCAGGCUGUGCGGCUGGAGACCCCGGAGGCCGUCUUCUUGGAGGUUCAGACCCAGUGCGAGGUCCCCGAGCUCUACUUUGACCUGAGGAAACAGUUGAGGAGCCAUCAAGUUGGCGUGACUCUGGAUCCAGAAACAGCGCAUCCGGAACUAAUUCUGUCCAAGGAUCAGAGACAAGUGACUCGGGGGGGCUGCCCCGAGGGCGCCGGGGACCCCUCUCCCCGGAGGUUCACUGUCUCGCCUUGCAUCCUGGGCCUGCAGAGCUUCACGUCUGGGCGGCAGUACUUCGAGGUGGACGUGGGCGAGGGCAUGGGCUGGGACGUGGGCGUGUGCCUGGAGAGCGUGCAGAGGGUUGUGGGGACCAUGCAGACGCCUGAGGCUGGCUUCUGGGCCCUGCGGCUGUGCGCCAAGGACGGCUACGUGGCGCUGACCUGGCCGCGCACGCCCCUGGGCCUGCAGGAGCAGCCCCUGGUGGUGGGGGUUCUCCUGGACUGUGAGGUCGGGGUUGUGUCCUUCUACAACAUGACCUUGGGCUCCCACAUCUUCACCUUCCCCAGGGCCUCCUUCCCGGACGUCCUGCGGCCCUAUUUCCAGGUUUACCCGUAUUCCCCCUUGUUCCUGCCCAGCCCAGACGAGUGAGGCGAGGAGCAGCCUCCGUGUGGCUGAGCCAGCAGAGAGAAUGGGUGUGAAGGCCUGGGUGGGAUUCGGGCCUGUGUGCUCCAUGCUAUUUCCCUGCCCCAGAGCAGUGCUGGGCUGUUAGUGGAUCCUGGA